AUGUCAACCGCUGCAGAGGCGCGGUCAGCGUCGAAAGAUGCUUCACUGUCGAAUCCAAAAACAGACAAACACACAGUACAUUGGUUCAGGAAGGGUCUCCGACUUCACGACAACCCGGCGUUGAGGGAAGGUCUGAUCGAUGCGUCGACAUUUCGUUGUGUCUUCAUCAUUGAUCCUUGGUUUGCAAGUUCGUCAAAUGUCGGGAUUAAUAAAUGGAGAUUCCUCUUACAAUGCCUUGGAGAUUUGGACAAUAGUUUGAGGAAAUUGAAUUCACGAUUGUUCGUGGUACGCGGUCAACCGGCGGAUGCGUUGCCGAAAUUAUUUCAAGAAUGGGGCACCACCGCAUUGUCGUUCGAGGAGGAUCCGGAGCCCUACGGUCGGGUCAGGGAUCAUAAUAUAACGACGAAAUGCCGCGAAGUUGGGAUAAAUGUGCUGUCGCGGGCGUCUCACACCCUGUAUAAACUUGACAACAUCAUUGAAAGGAAUGGUGGCAAGGCUCCACUAACAUACCACCAAUUUCAAGCGCUGAUAGCAAGUAUGCCCGCCCCGCCGCUUUCAGAAGCGGCCAUAACGCUGGAAUCUUUAAAUGGCGCUACAACACCACUAUCGUCAGACCACGAUGAUCGCUUUGGAGUUCCAACGCUGGAGGAGCUUGGUUUUGAAACUGAUGGUCUAAAGGCGCCAGUCUGGAUUGGAGGUGAGACCGAAGCCUUGGCGCGUUUAGAGAGACAUUUGGAGAGGAAAGCGUGGGUCGCCUCAUUUGGGAGACCCAAAAUGACACCACAAUCUUUGUUGGCGAGUCAGACUGGUCUAUCACCGUAUUUAAGAUUCGGUUGUCUAUCGACGCGUUUGUUUUACUACCAACUUACCGAUUUGUAUGAGAGGAUUAAAAGGGUCCGACCUCCGCUAUCUUUGCAUGGACAGAUACUGUGGAGGGAGUUUUUCUAUUGCGCCGCAACUCGCAACCCCAAUUUUGAUAGAAUGGUUGGAAAUCCAAUUUGCGUUCAGAUACCGUGGGAAAAAAACCAGGAAGCACUGGUUAAAUGGGCCAAUGGUCAGACAGGGUUUCCGUGGAUUGAUGCGAUAAUGAUACAGUUGAGGGAGGAAGGCUGGAUCCAUCAUUUGGCACGACAUGCCGUGGCGUGUUUUCUCACUCGUGGUGAUCUUUGGAUUUCAUGGGAGGAAGGAAUGAAGGUUUUUGACGAAUUACUUUUGGAUGCCGACUGGUCAGUGAACGCUGGUAUGUGGAUGUGGUUGUCCUGUUCAUCGUUCUUCCAACAAUUCUUCCACUGCUAUUGUCCGGUUCGAUUCGGACGAAAAACUGAUCCAAAUGGAGACUUUAUAAGGAAAUAUAUUCCCGUGUUAAAAAAUAUGCCGACACGAUAUAUACACGAGCCGUGGAUGGCGCCAUCUAGCGUCCAACAGGCGGCGAGAUGCGUUGUAGGGAGGGACUACCCCAUACCCAUAGUUGAUCAUGCCAAGACUUCGCUGGUCAAUAUUGAGAGGAUCAAACAGGUGUACGCACAGCUGGCGAAGUUUAGACCUCAAGGGGUUCUGAAUCCUCAAAUCGUACAACGUCCGAAUGUAAUGCAGUCAUCUCCGAGCCCCACAUCAAUAAUCGCCAGUAUCAAUCAGUCAAAUUUCCUGUGCAAUACCACCCCUGAAGGACAGAGUUCGAAUCCUCCAGACACACAGCAGGAGGAAGAUGAUAUUUUCAUUCGUCCAGCUAGUUACAUUCGUCCCAUAUUGGAUAAUUCAAAAUCUCUAUUCAAGCAAGUUGUGUUAGUGCAACAACAGAAGACAUCAAAAAUAUACCAACAGCCCCUAUGCUCACCUAAGGAACACUAUGUUAUGAACGGUGAACUGAAUAUAGCUUACAAAGAUAAAACAGAAAAUGACUUCAAAAAAGAAAAGGAGACGUUCACUAUACAGAAAUAUGAUUCUUCGGAUACAGAGAAAAAGUACAAUGAUAUGAACAAUAUUGAAGGGAAUUAUAUGGACACACCCCUAAAUGAGUAUGAUUCAAAGCAAGCAGAGGAUGAAAAUGGAAAGAUAGAUCAAAUGGUUAUCAAUAGUGAUCGACAGGUUCUUGGUUUACCUGAACAUAGUCCUGAGUCACACAAAAAUUGA